UUUCAAGUCAGUGAAAACAUUCCUUCUUUAUAUUCAUGCAACUGACACAGGAGAAAGCAUCAUUUGUUUGCUAGAUUGUGGCCAGGACUAGUGACUAGUGUUUUUGUGAGUGGAAAAAAUGAUGGAGUCAGGGGUUCCAAUAUGCAACAUUUGCGGCGAACAAGUGGGAUUAGCUAAUACUAACGGUGAAGUCUUUGUGGCUUGUCAUGAGUGUAACUAUCCUGUUUGUAAGACUUGCUUGGAUUAUGAGAUCAAAGAAGGGCGCAAUGCAUGUUUACGCUGUGCAACUCCAUAUGAUGAAAAUGAGCAAGAAUCUACUAACCAUGCUAAAGUGGCUUCUCAUCCUGAUACUGCUCAGGAUGUUGGAGUUCAUGCUAGAACUGUCAGUACUGUUUCAACUGUGGACAGUGAAUAUCAUGAUGAUUCUGGGAAUCCAAUAUGGAAGAAUAGAGUGGAAAGUUGGAAGGAAAAGAAAAACAAGAAAAAGAAGAACCAAAGUAAGACUGUUGGGCAAGAAGCUGCUGAAGUUCCACCUGAGCAGCAGAUGGAGGAAAAGCCACAGUUAGCAGAUGCUGCAGAACCACUUUCAAGAAUCAUUCCAGUGCCCAAGUCUCAAAUUACUCCAUACAGGAUCGUAAUUAUAGUUCGAUUGGUAGUCCUCUGCCUCUUUUUCCACUAUAGAGUAACACAUCCAGUUGAAAGUGCCUAUCCCCUUUGGCUUAUUUCUGUUAUCUGUGAGAUCUGGUUCGCUUUCUCAUGGGUGUUGGAUCAGUUCCCUAAAUGGUCCCCUAUCAACCGAGAGACAUAUCUUGACAGGCUAUCUGCAAGGUAUGAAAGGGAGGGAGAGCCUUGUCAGCUUGCACCUGUCGAUUUCUUUGUCAGUACGGUGGAUCCCAUGAAAGAACCUCCUUUGAUUACUGCAAACACUGUUCUCUCGAUCCUUGCAGUUGACUAUCCUGUCGAGAAAGUAUCCUGCUAUGUAUCUGAUGAUGGUGGCUCAAUGCUUACAUUUGAGUCACUAGCUGAGACUUCUGAGUUUGCAAGGAAAUGGGUUCCAUUCUGCAAGAAAUUUUCAAUUGAACCGCGCGCACCUGAGUUCUACUUUACGCAAAAGUUUGAUUACUUGAAAGACAAGGUGCAGCCUUCUUUCGUCAAGGAGCGCAGAGCAAUGAAGAGAGAAUAUGAAGAGUAUAAAGUAAGGGUAAAUGCUUUAGUUGCCAAGGCUCAGAAAACACCGGAGGAUGGCUGGACCAUGGCAGAUGGAACAUCUUGGCCAGGAAACAAUCCGCGUGAUCAUCCUGGAAUGAUUCAGGUUUUCUUGGGACAUAGUGGUGUCCAUGACAUUGAAGGAAAUGAACUCCCACGACUCGUUUAUGUUUCAAGAGAGAAAAGACCUGGUUAUCAACACCACAAAAAAGCUGGUGCUGAAAAUGCUCUGAUACGGGUGUCUGCAGUUCUCACAAAUGCACCCUAUAUUCUCAAUCUUGACUGUGAUCACUACGUCAAUAACAGCAAAGCCAUCCGUGAGGCUAUGUGUUUCCUAAUGGAUCCACAAGUCGGCAGAGAUGUCUGUUAUGUGCAGUUCCCUCAGAGAUUUGAUGGGAUUGAUAAAAGUGAUAGAUAUGCCAACAGAAACAUAGUCUUCUUUGAUGUUAACAUGAAAGGUUUGGAUGGCAUCCAAGGACCAGUAUAUGUCGGUACAGGAACUGUUUUCAAUAGGCAAGCACUUUAUGGUUAUAGCCCUUCUAACCUGCCUACAAUACACAAAUCUUCUUCAUCUUGCUCUUGCUGCUGUCGCCGCAAGAAACCAGCCAAAGAGAAGGAUCUGACUGAGGUUUAUCGUGAGGCAAAAAGAGAAGAUCUAAAUUCCGCAAUCUUCAACCUAAGAGAAAUUGAAAAUUAUGAUGAUCACGAGAGGUCCUUGCUUAUCUCUCAGAUGAGUUUUGAGAAAACUUUUGGCAUGUCCACCGUGUUUAUCGAGUCUACAUUGAUGGAAAAUGGAGGAGUACCUGAUUCUGCCAAUCCAUCGACACUGAUCAGGGAAGCAAUUCAUGUUAUCGGCUGUGGUUAUGAAGAGAAGACAGCAUGGGGAAAAGAAAUUGGUUGGAUUUAUGGCUCAGUGACAGAGGAUAUCUUGACUGGCUUCAAGAUGCAGUGCAGGGGAUGGAGAUCAAUAUACUGCAUGCCAUUGAGGCCCGCUUUCAAGGGGUCAGCUCCUAUCAACUUGUCAGACAGGUUGCACCAAGUUCUUCGAUGGGCUCUUGGAUCGGUUGAGAUUUUCUUGAGUAGGCAUUGCCCUUUGUGGUAUGGAUUUGGAGGCGGCCGCCUCAAAUGGCUCCAAAGACUUGCCUACACCAACACCAUUGUUUAUCCUUUCACUUCUCUUCCCCUCAUUGCAUACUGUAUUCUUCCUGCUGUUUGUCUUCUUACAGGAAAAUUCAUUAUCCCUACGCUAUCAAACAUUGCAAGUAUACUCUUCCUUGGUCUUUUCCUUUCCAUCAUUGUAACAAGUGUGCUCGAGCUACGAUGGAGUGGUAUAGGCAUAGAGGACUGGUGGCGUAACGAGCAGUUCUGGGUGAUUGGUGGUGUCUCUGCACAUCUCUUUGCAGUUUUCCAAGGAUUCCUCAAAAUGCUUGCUGGUAUAGACACAAACUUCACAGUGACAGCCAAAGCAGCAGACGAUGGAGAGUUUGGCGAUCUCUACCUAUUCAAAUGGACAACAGUCUUGAUCCCUCCAACAACAAUUCUCAUUGUCAACUUAGUUGGUGUUGUUGCUGGUUUUUCUGAUGCACUCAACAAAGGAUAUGAAGCAUGGGGGCCUUUAUUUGGCAAAGUGUUCUUCUCAUUUUGGGUGAUCCUUCAUCUUUAUCCAUUCCUCAAAGGUCUCAUGGGACGCCAAAAUCGAACUCCAACCAUUGUUGUGCUAUGGUCUGUGCUGUUGGCCUCUGUUUUCUCACUAGUUUGGGUCAAGAUUAAUCCUUUUGUCAGCAAAGACGACCCUUCAGCCAUGGUUCAAAACUGCAUCGACAUGGAUUGUUGAGCUUGGAACAAGCUUUCUUGAACCAUACCACAUGUUUGAUAAUGUAGGCUUCUUUUUCAUGUAAUGUGGAACUGAAAACUCUUCAAUUCUUGCACAGUUUGAGCAGCUUGUAUCAGUUUUUCCAGUAGAGGUUGUAAAGAAGAUUUGUUUGGAAACAGGAUGUUGGAACUUUGAAUUCAAACUUUUGAAAUUACAAAGGUAAAGGAAGUUGAACUGAUAAUGAAAAGUUUUAUGGCACUUUAGAUUAAUGGAAUUCUUUUCUAGUCUUUUGAGUUUCUCAUAGUUCUAAGUUCUAACAGAACUGGAUAACACAUUUUAGACUCAAAA